GAUUUCUCAGUAUAAAUGUCUCCGUUUUGUUCAUAAACAUGAAGCAAAAAUUCCACUACCUUUCAUCAACAUUUUUCCUUCACCCCAGAAAUUAUAGUAAAGCAGAGACAAUGAGGGGAGCAUCGGUGUUGAGUUGGAUUCUGAUCAUCUGCCUCUCCCAAGUAGCAGUGCGGAGCCAAUACUACUCGGACACCCUACCAUAUCAACCCAGGCCAGUUGUGGUCACCAAUCUUCACUUCUAUAUGCACGAAUUUACGGGCACUACAGCAGUCGUGCUAACCCAAGCUAACAUCACAAGCAAUAAUACAUCAGUGCCAUUUGCCACCCUAGUUGCCGUUAAUGAUCCCCUCAGGACUGGUCCUGAGCCUGACUCAGAGCUGAUUGGAAAUGUUCAGGGUAUUUCCCUCCUAGCCGGAUCAAAUGCAUCGAGCACGCAGUACAUAGAUUUUGGAUUCAAUACCGGUAAGUUCAACGGAAGCUCUCUAAGCGUGUUUUCAAGGGGAGAAGCUGGGCUUGCGGUGGUCGGAGGAAGAGGCCAAUUCACGAUGGCAACAGGGACUGCACUAUUUAACCCUAUCCUUAUAAAUGCCACCAAUGUCAUCAUUGAAUUUAACGUUACUGUAAUUCAUUACUAAGAUGUUAUUUACAGAGUCAAUCGUCUUGGGUUGUGUGAAAGUCAUAUGAUUAUGCUCCACUUGUUAGAAUAAAUGUAUGAGAAAUAUAUAGGUUUGUAGUAUUAAAAAUUAAAAUUCUCAUACUUGGUCAUUGUACUUUAUCAUUAUACGAGAAAUAAAUAUUAAAUCCUUAGCUACAAAAA